CUCAUUUUCUCGCGAGAGGAAACGGCGAGAAACUCUCAUUUUCUCAUCUCCCUCUCUCUCUUCUUUCUCUCUCAGCCUCUCUGCGCACGGACAGAAGUGACGAGCGCCGAGGAGGAGCAGGAGGAGGAGGAGAGGAAGAAGCCGGGACCUCAUCGCGCCGAGCCGCGCGCCGAGCCGUAGCGCCGAGCUAUGUCGACGGAGUACCAGGCGCCGGCCCCUCCGCUCGCGAGGAAGCUCGCGAGCGGGCGGAGCUUCGGCGGGACGAGCGUCUACGACGGCGUCUUCGCCGGCGCGGGCAAGUGCGGGGCCGCCCGCGCCUCUUCCCGGUCGGAGGACUACGCCGAGAUCUUCGGGGGCUCCUCCGGGGACGCGCGCCGGUCCUCGAUCCCCGUGCUCCGCUUCCCCGGCCUCCACGAGCGGAAGGCCGCGGUGGACGUUCGGAGGUCGAAGCUCGAUUACUCCAGAAUCUUCGGCGGCUUCGGCGAUCUCGGGGGCGACGUGGCGUCGUACGAGGAGCUGGUGAACGAGCACGCCGAGAGGAGGAGCGUGGCAGAUGGAGCGAGGACACAAGAUAGCAUGAGGUCCUCUUCAAAGUUGUCCGCUGGUAGUUUGAAUGAGACUCAGGUUUCAUCUCGUGAAGCAUCAUACCAUUCACGUGAUAGGGAGAAGAAGUUCAAUGUCUCUUAUAGCAAAGUAAAUUUGGAAACCAAUGGCGAAACAAAUAAGAAAGUGCACAUUACCCAGCUUGGAGAUGUACCAGGAUAUGCCCAUGUAAUUGAAGAAUCUGCUCUCUUGGAACAGUCGAAAGGUAAUAAGCCAAAGUCUGUGGUCGAGAAUGGUCAUGCUAGUAAAGAUGCUGGUGAUGGUGUGGUCAAAGCCAACAAUUACGAGAAAGCCAAGUCAGGAGUCUUGGCUACUGGUUCUGACAAACCUUCUACUAAAGAAGGAAUCUCCAUUCAGAAAUCUGAUCAAAACAGAUCUUUUUCAAAUGAUCUGUUAUUUGACGCAUAUGAGUAUGGGUUUAGAAAGGAACCUUUUGGAGCUCAAACUCCCAUUAAUGUCUCAUCUAACUCAAAAAAAUUUGGGGUUUCUCCAAGCAGUGCUUUCGAGGAUGCUGCCGGUGUUUAUUCGCCACCUGACUUUGAUGAGAAUGUGGAUGCAAAUUCAGUUGCAGCUGCCUCUGCAGCUGCGGUGAAGAAAGCAAUUGAGAAGGCUCAAGCAAAAAUUAAAGUUGCAAGGGAACUAAUGGAAAGACGGAAGGAAGGUCUUCAAGGUCAUGUAAACUUUAAGGAAAAGAUCUGGGCCGAUGACAAGAGGGCACGGAAAAUGGCUAGGAAAGCUAACAGAUGCAGUGACAAGGAGAAGGAACAUCAGGUAAUGCGUGAAACCAAUACUCCAGCACAGUUGACUGCAAGGGCUAGAGGGGUCAAUAAUGUAAAACCAGGCUCUGUAAAUGUAGAAUCUGGUGAUGAGGAGAACCUUGCCAGUUCAAAAGCAUUCUCUGGAGGCAUACUUCAGCAGGCAAAUAAAGAAAUUUGUGCAGAUUUGAGGCUACGAAAGGUAGGGGAAGAAGCAGAAAAUUCUUAUCAAGCUGCUGAAACAAAGCAAAAUGCAUCAGUGACGAUAGAGCAGCAGAAGGAAGGGAUUGGAUGCAGUGACAAGGAGAAGGAACAUCAGGUAAUACGUGAAACCGAUACUCCAGCACAGUUGACUGCAAGGGCUAUAGGGGUCAAUAAUGUAGAACCAGGCUCUGUAAAUGUAGAAUCUGGUGAUGAGGAGAAACUUGCCAGUUCAAAAGCAUUCUCUGGAGGCAUACUUCAGCAGGCAAACAAAGAAAUUCGUGCAGAUUUGAGGCUACGAAAGGUGGAGGAAGAAGCAGAAAAUUCUUAUCAAGCUGCUGAAACAAAGCAAAAUGCAUCAGCAACGAUAGAGCAGCAGAAGGAAGGGAUUGGAGUGAAUGAUAUGGCGCCAUCUUGUGAUGAGCAUUCAAGUGAAACCCCGGCAAAGAUAGAUUUUGAGAAGGCAGCAGAAGUUGGUUAUUCACUGACAACUGUUGAAGAGACUCUGGAUCAGGAGAAACUUGAUGAAAAUCUGCUUGGAGUAAGAGGGACACAAGAAGGUGACAAGCAAGAAGUCAAGGUCCAAUCUGCUCAGGGAUUGAAUCAUACAGUAGAGAGUGAAAUUAAGGGAGAAGUAACACUGGAGCAAGAAGGCAGUCUGUGGAAGUUCAUGAAAAUUUUUAAUCCUUGGCAGUAUCAGGAUAAACCAAAGGAAUUGAACAAAUCCGAGUUUGAGAAAAGGCUUGAAGCUCAGGAGUUGGAGGAAAAUAAUUUACGGAGUGUAGGGGAGGAGUGUGAUUGGGAAGGGAAUGAGAUGAAACAAAUAGAAGCUCACGAGGGAGAACCGAUUAAUGCACAUAAUCAUAAAUGUGAGGGUGAGAUGAGCAAUGGCACAUUGAAAGAGAUGAGUAGCCAAGAAGAUGAGGCACUGCAAGAUACUUGUGAGAGGUUGGUGGUUGAGAGAGAACGAGAGGAGACUUGCAACCCUAAAGAAAACGAUGAUGAGCAUGACAACUUUGGCAUGGGAUCAGAUGGUGAAGCAAUGCUGGAGACACUCCAUCAGCAGGAAAGAUUGAUGGAGAGAUCUCAUGAUUUAGUUGAAUCUAAGGAAGUCAAAGGACUUGAAGAAGAAAAAGAAGUGGGAGAUAUUCCCAAGGUUGCACGAGCAGACGUGAAUGAAGAGAUACACGAGGAUACUAAGCAGAUGAAUGCUGAUGCUGGACAGCAAGAAGCUUUUAUUAGCAUAGAGACUGAUAAUAUGGAGGAACUCGUUGAAAAGGGAGUGGAAGAUGAAGUAGAAGAAAGUCAUGAAAGUCAGAAUAGGGAUCAUAAUGCAAUUUGUACAUCUAGCAGGGAGGCGUGUGAGGAGCUUAUCGGUACUCAAGAAGGUGAUGAACCCAACGAUUCCAUUGAAAAUAUUGAUGUACAUAUGAUGGAUGAAAAGGAAAAUGAAGGGGAUGAAAGGAUGGUGGAAAUGAAUUCUUCUGUUCGAGAGGAAGAAGAUGACUGCAGCUCAGGAUCCUCUACAGAUGAUUAUGACUUGGAGAAAAGAUGUAAAGUUGAAGCAAGUGAUAUAACCUGCUUCAUGUUGAGAGCCAAUGAAACGAAUCCAGAGGUAGGUGAAGCCACUGCGACCCUUGAAUUUAGGGAGAAUUACGUGAACUUGAGCGAUGCAGGGAUGAGUAGUGCAGAAAAACAAAAUGAACAAGACGUACCAGAAUCCAAUACGAUUCCAAAUUUGGAAGUGCCUGUGCAAGGAUUGGCUCCUGAAUUGAACAACUAUGGUGAUGAUCUGAAUGAGGCUGAAAUUUCCUUGAACUGGAAAGAAGAGGCCGAAUCCUCCAAAUCCGAAGAAGUGAAUAGUGAUGUAGGAUCUUCUGAUAAAGGUGGAAGUUUUGAUGAUGAAAUGACUAUGCAACCUGAGCAGAUUAAUGGUACCUUCAAGCAGGAAGAGAGAACUCGGGAAGCACAUCAAAGUAUUGAAACUAGUCAAAGUAAGGUAAAAAUCGAGGAGAAUCAUUACACAACCCUGACAAUGGAAGAGAGGAUAUCUGAAGAUUGUCAACAAAAGGAAAUAGGGCCGGACAAAGAAUGCUUUAAGAAAGUUGAUGAAGAAAAAGAGAGGGAAAGGGCACGCGAAAAGGAAAGAUUAGCAGUUGAAAGAGCAAUCCGUGAAGCACGUGAAAGGGCUUAUGCUGAGGCGCGGGAAAGGGCAGAAAAGGCUGCUGUGGGAAAAGCAACCAUUGAAGCCCGACAGCGAGUAAUGGGCCAAGCUCGGGAGAAGACAGGGAAGGCUUCUACUGAAACAAAUGGUAAAUUAAGCGAAAAAAUUUCUGUAGAGGCCAGACUUAAAACUGAACGUGCUGCUGUAGAAAGAGCAACUGCAGAAGCACGGGAGCGUGCCCUUGAAAAGGCAUUGGCUGAAAAGUUGUCUGGUGCUGGCAAAGAUCGCAAACUCAGACAGAGAUCGUCACAUGAUCCACAACAUAGAGGCUCGUGCCCUUCCAGUGAUUCAAGACAUCCAAAGUCUUCAGAUACUAAUGCUGCUGGCUCAGGUGAGAAAUCUGAAGGGACAAAUAACGAAUCAGCUCAGAGGCGUAAAGCUAGAUUGGAGAGGUAUCAAAGAACAGCAGAACGUGCGGCAACGGCUCUUGCAGAGAAGAAUAAGCGCGAUCUUCUUGCUCAGAGAGAGCAAGUGGAAAGAAAUAGGUUGGCGGAAUCUCUUGAUGCUGAUAUUAAAAGGUGGUCAAGUGGGAAGCUAGGAAACUUGCGUGCUCUGCUGUCAACGCUACAAUAUAUAUUAGGGCCUGAUAGCGGUUGGCAGCCUGUUACCUUGACAGAAAUUGUAACUACGGCUGCUGUAAAGAAAGCAUACCGGAAAGCCACCCUUUGUGUCCAUCCAGACAAACUGCAGCAGCGAGGUGCUAGCUUGCAGCAGAAGUACAUCUGCGAAAAGGUUUUCGAUCUCUUAAAGGAAGCGUGGAACAAGUUCAGCAGCGCCGAAGAAAGAUGAGACCUGUGUGUACCCUGAAAAUGCUAUUCCUUGCUUUUUUUUUCUAUUGUGAACAAACUAACCUGUAAUUUAUGCUCUGAAAUAAUUACGAGUAGAAAAGUUCUGAGCCAUUCUUUCCAAAUGUGUAGCUGUUUCCAAAGAUUGAGGUGAGGAACAUUAAGUCUUUGUAGUCACUA